GUAAAUACCCACUGAAGCAGCGCCGAACGCGAGUAGAAGGCCCGGAGGGGGGAAAAUCUUCCCGGUCUAUCAGCUUCUCAGUGUCCGCUUUUUCGGUUUUGUUUGUUUGCUUGUCCAUGUAAGCAGAUGAGCUUUGUCUGUUUGUUCCACAUCAUUGAUUCGUUGACAUCUCUGUAAUUGUUGUGUACAUCUCGUUCCCGUUUUUCUGUUCUGUUUUUUCUUUUUGUUCCCGUUUAUGUAUUUGAGUGCCCGCUGAGAGAAUUGUGAUCGUCAUCGGCAAGAUAGACACCCCAUCCGAAACACUGCGUGGUGGUUGGUAGUGGUAGUGCUAAUUAUAGACAUAGGUUACGUUGCAAGAAGUUCGCAGUCUUCUUCUCUUAUUAGGUUGUGUAUCCAUUCCAUUAUGCAUUGCUUUGGUGGAUUCUCUUUUUGUUCUUGCUGCUCGGUUAUUGCCGAUUCCGAAGGGAGAAGAGAGUCGCUGCUUGAUUCCUUCUUCGACGAGAUUUUGGCGCGGUGUUUUUGAUUCCGUUUGGUAGAACGACGUUAUAACGAGCCCGACAGUUCAUCGGCUUCGCUCAGCGUCUGUCACACACACACGCAUCACUCUCACGGAGGGAAAAAAGAGGAGUACGGGCUGUUAAGGAUCGGUGGUAGACAGGGGGGGGGGGGGGGGUGAAAAUGGACAACGAGAAGAGUUGCGGGGUAGGGUCACAAAAGUGCGGGGAGAGUGUCGGGGGGGGCGGCGGCGGCUGGAGUGGUGGCGCCUCUGCAGCAGGCGAUAGAGUGAAGUCGGAUUUGAAGUUGCUCGGUAAAGUGUCUAUGGUGGCUGCUGGCAUUCAAUUUGGCUGGGCGUUGCAGCUCUCUCUCCUAACGCCGUAUAUUCAAGAGCUCGGAAUUCCUCAUCAAUACGCCUCCUUCAUUUGGUUGUGCGGGCCGAUUUCGGGGCUUUUAGUGCAACCGGUAGUGGGGGUAUGGAGUGACGAGUGUGGGAGUCGAUGGGGGCGUCGUCGGCCUUUCAUAGCCGUCGGCGCGCUGCUGGUCGCUCUGUCUGUCCUCGUCAUCGGGUACUCUGCGGAUCUCGGUCAUUUGUUUGGCGAUAACCCUAGGCCGGGGGAUCUCUCGCGCCCGCGCGCUUGCAUCAUCUUCGUGAUUGGCUUUUGGCUCCUGGAUUUGGCCAAUAAUACCGUUCAGGGACCUUCCCGCGCUUUGUUGGCGGAUUUGGCGGGCAAAGAUCCGCGCCGUGUUCGUGCGGGAAAUGCCUUCUUCUCCGCCUGGAUUGCCUUUGGGCAAAUCCUUGGUUACUCAACCGGAUCCUACGGCGGAUGGUACAAAAUUUUCCCUUUCACUAAGACUGAGGCUUGUGGAGAAGCGUGUGCUAACCUGAAGGCAGCCUUUGGUCUCGCCGUCGUCUUCUUGACGUUGUGUACCAUCGUGACUAUAGUAUCUGCCAAGGAAAUAGCGAGGACAAGGAGGCCAGCGGCGGCGACGGCGGAGGGGAAGAAAUCCGCGGAGAAGGAAAGUGAAGCUAAGCGACAGAGCGGGAGUGACGGCAGAGGGCGGGAAACGCUGAAUUCUGGUGGGAAAAACGGUGAUGGCGCGAGUUUAACGACGCCCCUUUUGCAGGAUUCCCGCCAGCAGCAGCAGGAAGAAGAAGAUGCAAAAGAAGAAGAAGAAGAGAGUCGACGAAGAGAAGGAAGCGGCCAUUGCUCGUCGGAAAACGACGGCGCGCAGCACGUCAAUCUGGUGCUUCAAGUGGGAGGUCAAGAGAAGCCGGCAGCGGCGGCGGUUAAGUUGUCGGCAGAAGGCGGGAGAAAGGUCCACGUGGCUGAGGAAGAAGAAGAGAAAUCGGAUCUCUCUGUUGGCGACUUGUUUGUAAUCGUUCGCCACUUGCCUUGUCAGAUAUGGUUCGUUCUGGCCGUGACGGCGCUGACGUGGCUGGCUUGGUUCCCUUUCUUGCUCUUUGACACCGACUGGAUGGGCAGGGAGGUGUACUCUGGCAGUCCGACGGAUGGCCAUGUGGCUUCUUUGCUGUACGACAUGGGGGUGCACAUGGGCGCCGUUGGCUUGCUGCUGAACUCCGUAGUUCUCGGGCUCUUUUCCCUUGCCAUUGAACCCCUUUGUCGCAAGUUCCUUUCCAGGCGCGUUUGGACCGCCGGCAACGUCCUUCUCUGCCUCUGCAUGGGCGCCACGUAUGUCGUUACGAGAGCGGCCAAAGAGCCCAUCGCGCUUGAUGAGAGCGGCAAUCCCACGGGCCCGCAGAUGUGGGUGAAAGUGACAGCUGUCGUUAUCUUCGCGCUUUUGGGUAUCCCGCUUGCGAUCACUUUCAGUGUGCCUUACUCGAUGAUGGCGGUGCAUACGACGUCGAUGGGUGGAGGUCAGGGACUGGCCAUGGGGGUAUUGAAUCUCGCGGUGGUCAUCCCUCAAAUGGUCGUCUCCUGCCUCUCGGGUCCAUGGGAUGAGUUCUUCGGCGGAGGGAACGAGCCGGCGUUCUUUGCAGCGGGGAUCUUCGCGUUGGCGGGCGCCGUUGUCGGGGGGCUCGUCUUGCCCAACCCGCCACCAUCGCCUGAACAGAAAUCGCGCGGCAAAAAGAGGUCCAACUCUUUUCUCACCCUUUCCGUUGUGUGAUGGGGCCAAGAGCAAGUAGAAUGUUUGAUUAUGUAGGGAGUCGUUUUUCGCGCUUGCUGUCGGGUGUGUGGAGAAAAACUACACGGCGAGCAAGAGCAUUUCUCAAUGGUUAUCUCCAACCGAAGUGGUAUGACCGUAUUACGAAAUAACAGAAGCUGCCUCGGCUGCCUCGUCCUUGUUCCUUGUCUUCCAUCACCCGUUCGCUGUCCACGACAUAUGUCGACGAGUCAGAGCCCGUCGAUCUGAAGAUGCGACUGACCGCUCUCUGAGCGAUCGCAUGUGUAAUUGAUUUGUAAGACUGGGUGCGUGAGAGGGGAAAGGUGUGUACGAGGGGGAUUGGGAUACAGACGCUGGGUGCAUUUGUACGUGUAAGAGAGAGAGAGAGAGAGAGAUAGAGAUAGAUAGACACAGAGAGAGAGAGAGAG